GUGGACGCCAGUUGUGCGGUUCGCUCGGUGCCUCCUUUUUCACUCAGCUCGAUUCCGGAUCGCGUGCGUGUCCGCCUGGUCGCGUCGUGUGUGACAUCCACCAUUAUAGAAUAAUAUAUUUGGUAUCCAAACAUAUAUACGGGAAGGGGGUGCCCGUGCCCGUGCCCGUGCCCCAUUCCGCAUCCCACACCCGUAUCCGUGUCCGUACCCGUUUCCAUAGCCAUAGCCAUAGCCAUAUCCAUAUCUGUGCAAAUUGCAAACACACAUAUGCGUGUGUGCCGUGAUUCACCGAGUGCGUUGGCCUUUCCGGCUGUGAAUUGUCCCCAGUUUGAGUUCCACAAGUCCCAAGUGAAUGCAGGCGACAAUAGCACCUUGAGUGGCCAGAUCGGCAAUAGAUAUAGAUCGGAACCAAGAGGCCCAUGCCCAGUGUAGAUGGCCUUUGGCCGGUGUUAUGAGAUUUUUUUGUCUUCGCCUUUCGCCUUUGUCGUCGUCGUCGCCCGUGUCGCUGUGCGUGUGUCCGCCGAGGAGAUCACUUUAAAAAUAACAGAUUUGUUUGAUGCUAUUUAUAAAAGGCGGGCCAAGUUUUCGUUCCGUUUCGCAUUGUGAGGCUCUUGGCACUUGGCUUUUGCCGUUCAGUGUUUAGCAUUCGGAUUUCGGUACCCAUUCGCCUGCACUUGAAUAUCCAUUCGAUCAAGUGAAUAUCGUGGCAAUAUUAUUAAUAAAUUAAUUCGACGACGUGUGUGUGUGUCAGUGGCGCAAUGUAAACAGCGAAAAUGUCGAGCGAUUUGAUCGGCACGAAUUUCAGCAGCACAUUGACAAAUGGGAUGUCGGGGUGUGACCAAAGCACUGUCGAAUCAUUGGCCGACGAUCCAACAGAUUCACCAUUCGACGCCGAUGAUUGUCUCAAGGUGCGCAAGUACUGGUGCUUUCUGCUGUCCAGCAUCUUUACAUUCCUUGCUGGCCUGCUCGUGGUGCUGCUAUGGCGCGCCUUCGCCUUCAUCUGCUGCCGGAAGGAGCCGGACCUGGGGCCCAACGAUCCCAAGCAGAAGGAGCAGAAGGCCUCCCGCAACAAACAGGAGUUCGAGGGAACCUUUAUGACAGAAGCGAAAGACUGGGCUGGGGAGCUUAUCUCGGGUCAAACAACAACUGGUCGAAUUUUGGUCGUACUCGUAUUUAUACUCAGCAUCGCAUCCCUCAUUAUCUACUUUGUUGAUGCAUCUAGCGAAGAAGUCGAAAGAUGCCAAAAGUGGAGUAAUAACAUUACUCAACAGAUCGAUCUCGCAUUCAAUAUAUUUUUUAUGGUUUACUUUUUUAUACGAUUCAUAGCGGCGUCCGAUAAGCUUUGGUUUAUGUUAGAAAUGUACAGUUUUGUAGAUUAUUUUACAACCCCGUCCUUCGUAUCAAUAUAUUUAGAUCGAACAUGGAUCGGUCUUCGAUUUCUUCGAGCGCUACGUCUCAUGACUGUUCCAGAUAUUUUACAAUAUUUAAACGUACUAAAAACAUCGAGCUCCAUACGCUUGGCUCAACUAGUAUCAAUUUUUAUAUCCGUGUGGUUAACAGCAGCGGGCAUUAUACAUCUGCUGGAGAACUCUGGCGAUCCGCUGGAUUUUAAUAAUGCUCAUCGUUUAUCGUAUUGGACCUGUGUCUAUUUCCUAAUUGUGACCAUGUCAACGGUAGGAUAUGGUGACGUUUACUGUGAGACUGUCCUGGGAAGAACAUUUCUCGUGUUCUUUCUGCUCGUCGGCUUGGCCGUUUUCGCUAGUUGGAUACCAGAAAUCACUGAACUGGCUGCCCAAAGAAGCAAAUAUGGUGGAACAUAUAGCAAGGAUCCUAGAAAAAGACAUAUUGUGGUAUGCGGUCACAUAACAUACGAGUCCGUGUCGCAUUUCCUGAAGGACUUUCUCCACGAAGAUCGGGAGGAUGUCGAUGUCGAAGUGGUCUUUCUCCAUCGCAAAGAGCCUGACCUGGAGCUAGAGGGACUGCUGAAGCGUCACUAUACCACAGUGGCCUUUUUUCAGGGCACUAUGAUGAACGCAGUCGACCUGGAGCGAGUCAAGGUUCAUGAAGCCGACGCCUGCCUUGUGCUAGCUAACAAAUAUUGCCAAGAUCCCGACGCAGAAGAUGCUGCCAACAUCAUGAGAGUAAUCUCGAUCAAGAACUACAGCGACGACAUUCGAGUCAUCAUUCAGUUAAUGCAGUACCACAAUAAGGCGUACUUGCUGAACAUCCCAUCGUGGGACUGGAAGCAGGGCGACGACGUCAUCUGCCUGGCAGAGCUGAAGCUGGGCUUCAUUGCCCAGAGCUGCCUGGCGCCCGGAUUCUCGACCAUGAUGGCCAACCUGUUCGCGAUGCGUUCGUUCAAGACGUCACCAGACACACAGGCCUGGCAAAAUGAUUAUCUUCAAGGUACAGGGUGUGAGAUGUACACCGAAACCCUAUCACCUUCAUUUACCGGCAUGACAUUCCCACAAGCCAGCGAACUGUGCUUCUCCAAGCUGAAGCUCCUGCUCCUGGCCAUCGAGAUCAAGGGCGCCGAGGAGGGGGCGGACAGCAAGAUUUCCAUAAAUCCAAGGGGGGCCAAGAUCCAGGCUAAUACGCAGGGUUUCUUCAUAGCACAAAGCGCCGACGAGGUGAAACGUGCCUGGUUCUAUUGCAAAGCCUGUCACGAGGACAUCAAGGACGAGACGCUGAUCAAGAAAUGCAAAUGCAAAAACUAUGUGGGCAUGAUUAUGAUGCAGACGGGCAUGGUCAACCAAGGCAUCACGUCGGUGAUGAAUACAAUGGAGGAUGAACACCAUCCUGCACCCACAUUUACGCCUCCAGAGCUACCCAAGCGGGUGCAUGUGCGUGGAUCUGUCUCGGGUGAUAUCACACGUGACAGAGAAGAUACGAAUCUACUCAAUCGCAAUGUGCGCCGUCCGAAUGGCACUGGCAACGGUACAGGUGCCAUGCACCACAUGAACAACACUGCGGCAGCUGCCGCCGCUGCCGCUGCGGCGGGCAAGCAGGUGAACAAGGUGAAGCCCACGGUGAACGUGAGCCGGCAGGUGGAGGGCCAGGUGAUAUCGCCAUCGCAGUACAACAGGCCACCAGAGAAUGAUGCUAACCCUUAUGCGGGCUAUCAACUUGCUUACGAAGUUAAAAAGCUCAUGCCGACGAGUCGCAGCUCCGGCACGGGUACACAGAAUCAAAACGGAGGCGUCUCAUUGCCAGCCGGCAUUGCGGACGAUCAGUCGAAGGACUUUGAUUUCGAGAAGACCGAAAUGAAGUACGACUCGACGGGCAUGUUCCACUGGAGUCCGGCAAAGAGCUUAGAAGACUGCAUACUGGAUCGCAACCAGGCGGCCAUGACCGUACUGAACGGCCAUGUGGUCGUCUGCCUGUUCGCCGAUCCCGAUUCGCCGCUGAUUGGGCUGCGUAACCUGGUGAUGCCGUUGCGAGCGUCCAAUUUCCACUACCACGAGCUGAAGCAUGUGGUUAUCGUGGGCUCGGUGGACUACAUCCGGCGCGAGUGGAAAAUGUUGCAGAACCUGCCCAAAAUAUCGGUGCUGAACGGCUCACCGCUGAGUCGCGCCGACCUGCGGGCGGUCAAUGUCAAUCUGUGUGAUAUGUGCUGCAUCCUGUCGGCCAAAGUUCCUAGCAACGAUGACCCCACGCUGGCCGACAAGGAGGCGAUCCUCGCCUCCCUAAACAUCAAGGCGAUGACCUUCGACGACACGAUCGGCGUGCUGAGCCAGCGGGGCCCGGAGUUCGACAACCUGAGCGCCACCGCCGGCAGUCCCAUUGUGCUGCAGCGGCGAGGCUCAGUCUAUGGUGCCAAUGUGCCCAUGAUAACAGAACUGGUCAAUGAUAGUAACGUGCAGUUUCUCGAUCAAGACGACGACGAUGAUCCAGAUACAGAACUAUAUCUGACGCAGCCAUUCGCCUGCGGCACAGCCUUUGCUGUGAGUGUGUUAGACUCGCUGAUGUCCACGACAUACUUCAAUCAAAACGCCUUAACGCUGAUCCGCUCACUGAUAACGGGCGGUGCCACGCCCGAGCUGGAACUGAUCCUGGCCGAGGGAGCUGGCCUCCGAGGAGGCUACAGCACAGUGGAGAGUCUGAGCAAUCGGGACAGAUGUCGAGUGGGUCAAAUCUCGCUUUACGAUGGCCCCUUGGCUCAAUUCGGAGAGUGCGGCAAGUACGGAGAUCUAUUCGUGGCCGCACUCAAGUCUUACGGAAUGCUGUGCAUCGGACUAUAUCGGUUCAGGGACACCAGCUCCAGUUGUGAUGCGAGCAGCAAACGUUAUGUAAUAACCAACCCACCCGAUGACUUUUCACUACUGCCAACAGAUCAGGUAUUCGUUUUAAUGCAAUUCGAUCCGGGCCUGGAGUACAAGCCGCCAGCGGUACGAGCACCGGCCGGCGGACGCGGCACCAAUACACAGGGCUCCGGGGUCGGCGGGGGCGGCUCGAACAAGGAUGAUAACUCUUGAUUGUUACUGUGUAGCGCCUUAACUGAUGGUCCUUAUUCGUACAUUUGAACGAUGGAGAAGCUAAUCGGAUGCAGAGCAGCGCAUUGGUGUCACUCACCUAACUAUUAUCUAACCAUAUUGGCCUAAGAUUCACCCACAAAAAAAGAUAGGGUAAAAAGACAUAAUUGUUUGUACCAUGUACAAAGAAGAAAGAAAUUUGAAAUCAAAAGCGAUUGUUAUUAACAAGUUAGAAACAAACUACCAGAGAGAAAAUCCUGAGUGCCAUACAAUGCGUUGCUCUGCCCUUUUAUGUGUGUGAAGGCAUGCGGCCCGGUGUUUUGUGUCCAUCCCAACUAACAAUCAAGAGACAGCCCCAAGCCAGAAACCACUGAUGGCCAGAAGAGCAACUUUAUCAGCAGCAACCAAAGCCAAAGUCGACGGCAGGGCCACCUGUCUUCGCACACAUAAAAAGCUAGUUCAGAUCGGGGCCUUUAAGAUCCACAGCCCCGAUGUCCAUCGUUCAACUGCCAACUGAUUGCUUCCCACAUCAUUCCGUAUGCCUUUUUAGAACCUUGAAAAUUAUCAUCUAUUGUUAUCUAUAUACCUUUAAAUCUUACUCUACAUUGGUUUAUCUUGUAUCCUUUUGUUUAUCUUUAUCUUUAUCCAUAUUAUUUUGUAAUCGACCCAAUAAAUAUUAUUAUCAUUUGAGUUUUUGGUUUGGAUUUUUACCCCGACUUUAGUUUCUUUCCAAGCAACAAUCAUUAGUUAUUUCUAUGGGUAUGUAUCUUAUGUUAGAUAUCAUUUACUCUUAAGAAUCGUUUCACUUACAUUUACAUUUAAACGUUUACAUUUUGAGUUCAGUUCAUGGCGCUAUCAUUGCAUAAGAACCAAUUGACAAAUUGAAUUCUAAACGAAAAUCCAUCUCAAUGGUGUGACGUAAGCAAUUGGGAACCAUUAGUGAGGUAAGCUACACAUUAAACAAGAAAAAAAACAAGCUAAUCAAAUCAGCCACACUGAGCGAAAGAAACUACCAAGUACUACUAGGUCUAUGUACUCUCUCAUGUCUCAAAAUCUUUCUCUGAGCUGCCGAAAGCGGCCACAACAAACAGCAACAACUACGCAACAAUUCCACACAUAAUUUUACACAUUUAAACACGACAAUUAAACUGAACACAUUGCGUGAGAUACAGAUACUGAACACGAGAUACAGAUACAAAGACAGCUACAAGAUACAAGAUACAAGGCAAUGAGGCUAUAAGCAAAUGUUGUGCCAGCAUAAGAAUUCAAAAACUGCAUUUAGAAGAUUCUGAGCAAGCGCAAAACGAUUUAUAUAGAGCAGAGAGCAUAUUGUAAUCAUAUUAAACUUUUAAAGUAAACGAACACAAAUAUCGAUUAUCGAUUAACAAUUAACGACACUUAAAGCCAACAAUCUGCUAACUAAUUCGUAGACCUAAAUGCAAAUACAAAGCUCUACUUGGUCCUUUAUCAAAGCAAAACCAAAGCAAGGUGAAGCCAAGCAAAAGCAAAUGAAUUACACUUAACUAGAGGAAUCUCAGCUUUUUCACUCGACACUCAGUCAAGUCGUCAAAUUUGCUAAUUCUAAAUUGAAACUUCUUACAUUCGCAUCUCUACAUACACACGAAAAACAAAAAAGUAAAAACUAAAUGCAAAGUGAGACGAGAAACUCUGUAAGUAGCAUCCUUAUACCACUAAUUAUAUAUAUAUAUAUAUAUAUAUAGAGGACAC